GUUCCGAGUCUCUACAAGCGCUAGCAAGUUCGUCUGUGGCCAGGGCAGUGCUUUCUCCAGUGGGCGGACUGUGGCGGUGACAGCGACGCUCGGAGUCUCCCGAUAAACUGCCAAAAAGCAGACAACAAACGCCAUGGCGGAGUUAGACCUGAGUCUGAGCGACGCUCUGGUGGACAGUGGUCCGCAGCAGGGUCAGGAAAGCCGGGUGGAAAGGGACUUUGUGGCUCAGCUGGAGGCGGAAACCUUCGAUGAUCAAAUAGGGGAGACUGUAGGCAAGACUGACUAUAUCCCUCUUCUGGACAAUGAUGAAGCUAGUACAGGUACAGCAUUGGAAAAUGGAGGACAACAAGCUCAGGGGGUGCAAAAGCCUGGUUGUAUACUGACCACAGGAGGGCAGACAUCAAUGUCACACCUAGAGCAUCAGGGAGAGGGGAAGCCACACAAAGUUGAUGAUCAGCCACAGCAGUUUUUGGCAGCGGACUUCUUAUCAGAUUUCUCCAAGCCUGCGGGCCCAGGGUUGAAUAUAGAGGUUGGGAUUGCAUCCCUCAGUCCAGAGAAGCCUCCAAGUAUCGCUGAUCCUCUGCAGCCCGCACCCUCAGUUGGCUCAGAGGCCCCUAAAGUGUCCCAUAGCCCCAUGCUGCCUGAACCACAAGCUCCACGUAGCCCCCUGGAUAUGUCAGCAGGUGCUCUAGGUGACUGCUGGCCAGACCUGACUGGUUGCCUAUCGACAGACCUCCCUUUCAGCCCCAGUGUCACAUCUGUGAUCAGUCGUCAUGCUAACAAUCUUGCAAUGAUUCGCGAUGACACACCUAAGACUUGGCCCAGUGGAGAAAGCACUCCUUAUGCCGGAGGUGAUGAAAGGGAUGUAGAGGAAUCGGACAAAAAACAGAAGAAAAAGAAGAAAAGGAGACAGAAAGACGAGGGCUCUUAUGAACACUUCGAAAGCAAGGGUCACCUUGAAGGGCAUUCACAGGGAGAAAAUAUUCCUUCAGGAGAAUUGCUCUACCAAAGGACUGAAACGAAACGAGAUAGUGGCGACGCUGGCUGGGAGGAGCAAAUUUGGAAAAGUGGCGGACGAGGUAAGAAGGGCAAAAGCAGGAAGAAGAUUCCUGAAGAGUGGGAAGUGUCUCCAGAGCCAUUUGCUUCUUCAUCCACAGUUAAAAUCACUCAAGAAGUUAUGAAGGAUCUUGAAAGUCCAGCACGAACAAGCAUGGAUAUUUCCUUUGCUGAUAUUAAUACCAGCCAGACCCCUUGGAAAGAGGAGAGCUUCACGGAUGAAGGCCUCGUGCCUUCUCCACUAUCCCAUGGUAUAUUGGCUCCUGAGAAAAUUUCCAUCAGUCCACUGGUCUUGAACAGCGAGCUAAAAGCUACCGCAGCUCCAUUCACUAUGCCCUCCUCGACCGGUGCUGGGCCACUUGACUCCUUUCACAUAGGCCCUAGUCCUGGUGAACCAUUUGAAGUGCUAAUUGAUACUAAAAAUGCCAACUUGGGAGAUAUGGUUGACAGUGGGAUGUUUGACAACUCUGGUUUCAUCCAAAAGCCUGUUAUACAAGCCAUACCUGAGGUAGAUACUUCUGCUUUCACCCCUCCGUCUAGGCCAGAUUUGGCUCUUUCCCCAAACGGUGAUGUGGUUGCAUCGGCCCCACCCCUUUCCCCUUCAGAUGCUUCAUGGCUCCUGAAUAACUCUCACACUAGCAGCAACAGUGAGCAAUUUGAUUUCGGUGAUAUGAGCACUUCCACUCAUUCUGUACCUGCUGGACUGGUAUUUGACAGCCCUUGUCCAGCCCCUCUACGUUCCCCCAAAACCACAGCACAGGAAUUCCAAAUAAAGGAACACAAAAAUGAGCAGUCAGACAAGACCCAAUCUAAGAAGUCUCGUUCUUCAUCCUCCUCCUCAGUUAAGAGUCCCACCACCUCAGAGGCAAAGAAAUUCACUACCCAAGAAUCUCCAACUAUCAGCCCCUCUUCCUCCCCAUCACUUGUCUCAAUUGGAAUUCCAGCAUCUGGCCUUAACCCUGCAGCAAAGCCCUUCUUUCCCAGCUUUGCUGAUACCGUGGAACAACCAAGUGUGGUUUCCCCCAUCAUAGAAGACAAUGUUGCCAAGUCUGACCAAAAGAAGUUGGAGGACAAGCCCAAGGUGGACCUCAUUGAUUCAGCUGAGCAAAAGCCCGUGAAGGUUGAAUUUGCAAUCAGUGAGACGUCAGCGAAGGUGGAGAAAGAUGUCGGAAUCGAAAAACAAAAACAAACCGAUGUCAAUCUGUGGCAAGAGCCUGAAAGUGUUCCACACAAGGAGACAGUUAAGGUUGUUGAGGGAAAAGAGCUUAAUGCAACUGAAAAACCCGCAGUGAAAGUUACAGCAGAUAAAGACUUUAAAAAUGUUCCUAAUGAGAAAGCGGAAAUGAAAGUCAAAGAGGAGUCUGAAAAAAUGAAAGAGAAGCUACCAGAGAAGGCUGAAGAAAAACCAAAAGAGCCAGAGAAAGUGGAAUUAGUCCAGCAGAAAAUGGAAAAAGUGGAUAAAGGGAAAAAAACUGAUGAACCUGCAGACAAAUUGCUAAAGACUGAGACAUUUGACAAGGUAGAAAAAUCAGAAAAUGUGGCCUUGAAAGAUGAAUUCAAGCAAAAAGAGAAAGUGGAAAUAAUUGAGGCAAAUGUCGGGAACAAAAUUACUGAGAAGACUGAAAAGACGGAAAUGAAGGACGGCAAAGAGCAACAUGUCGAAUCCAAAGUGGAAAAGACCCCCGAGCAACUGCCGACACCUGUCAAGCUUGACGCCACUCCUGACAAAGCGGAAAAGAAGGCUGACAUUGCAGCUGAUGUGGAAGAAGCCACGAAACCUUCAGCUCAAUCACACAAAGCUGAAAAAGCUCAGAAAGAGGAUGAAUUGGAGAAACUAUCAGAGAAACCAGCGGAGACGGCAAAGCCGCUAGGUGGAAAGGAAGACAAGCAGGAGAAGAUACACAGUGACAAAAAGGCAGUGGAGAAAAAGGAUGACAAAAAGGAAAAAGCCGUAAAAGCAGAUGGAACAGAGAAGCCGAAAAAAGCAAAACCAAUCACCACCAAUGGGAGCAGUGCAGCGCCAAUUAAAGAAUUGGCUAGUGCAGACAAGAAGACAAAGCCUGCUGGGGCAACAAAACCGAGCACCAUCUCCAAAACACGGCAGGUCACAACCGCUGCUGGUAGCGGUUCUGCUUCGGCACCCACUAAGCACCCCAUAUCCUCUUCAAGCACAUCCACUUCAGAUAAAAAAACAACUACCAAGGCCCCAUCAACAGCCGCUGGUAUUCCAAAGAGGCCCUCAACCAAUACUACUAGCCGCCUUUCAUCCUCUACCACUGUACGUGAUGUUAAACCCAAGACACCCACAGAAAAGCGUCCCCUUGUGCCAAAGGCCAGCACUGCCACUGCUGCUACCAAAAACGGAACAACCACCACAACUACCAGUAAAACAACCACAUCGACGCGCACAACAUUGUCAACCCGCAACGCGACUACUACCGCAUCCAGAAAGCCCCUGGUCUCUAAGACAGACGGCCAACCAAGUGGAGAGAAGAGACCAAGCACUCUGAAGACAUCCACAGCUGAUUCCACCAAACCCAAAACCACCGCCACCACAAUGAGGAGCACUACUUCCACUACGAGCACUGCCUCUCGCACUCGAACUACAGCCGCCAAAACGACUACACCCUCCACCACCACCACCACCACCGGUGCACCGACUGAGAGGAAGCCCAUGGUACCCCGUGCUCCCAGGGCCACCUCCUCUACGACAACUAACACGACAACCAGCACGACAAGGACCACAUCUCGUCCUGGCACUGCACCUGCUCCCGAUAUCCACAACGCCCGCUCAAAGAUCGGCUCUACGGACAACAUAAAGCACCAACCAGGGGGUGGAAAGGUGUCAGCUGUCUCUAAAAGCAGGGUCCCAGCCUCCAAAGACAAAAGCCAGGUCAAAGUUCAAAUAGUCUCCCAAAAACUGGACUUCAGUCACGUCGGCGCACGCUUGGGCUCCAAGGACAAUAUGAAGCAUGUUCCUGGUGGAGGGAAUGUACAGAUUCUCAACAAAAAGGUGGAUUUGAGUAAGGUGACGUCAAAGUGCGGCUCCAAAGACAACAUCAAGCACAAGCCCGGUGGAGGUGUUGUGAAGAUUGAGUCGCACAAAGUCAACUUUAAGGACAAAGCUCAAUCCAAAGUCGGUUCUAUGGACAAUGUCAGCCAUUCACCAGGUGGAGGAAGUGUCAAAGCUGAGGGGUCCCAGGAGACAGGUGAGGGUGUUGGGGCAUCGUCACUCACCCCUGGCCCAGAGUCUGGGCAGGUGGGGAGCCCUGCUGCCCAUGAGAAUGGGCUGAAGGAGGCAGCUCCCUGUGAUUCUGAGUGUCUCCAGGAGCCCCAGGCCCUGGUGUCCCACAUCCCAGAGACAAGCAUCUAAUUCUGCUGUCCCUCUGCCUUCCUCAUCUCACUGCCUCCCCCUCUUUCUUGUUUACCCUGCGCUUAUCCUUCCUUUUCUUUCCAACAUUUCUGCCGCAGAUUGAGUUUUACAAGCUCAACUUCCGCGAGAAGGCUCGCUCUCGUACGGACCACGGCGCCGACAUCGUCACCUGCUCCUCCUGAUGACAACAGACCCCCCACUCACGUGGUUCCUCCUGUAGCGUGCGCCACAACCCUGAUCCAUACAUUGUCUGAGAUGCGUCAGCUCCCCCUCUGCCUCCUUUUUGCUCUUGAAGGAUGUUCGGGGGGACAUAGGCAACCCUAUAAAGGGAUCUUACACACCUUUUAAGCUUGUAACACCCUACAUUGAGUAAAAUCAUGCACCAUUGAUUCCCCAUUGUUCUAUAUUUAGCUGUGAUGACCUCUCAAUACUGUCAGCCAGCCCUUUGUCAGAUACAUUUCUUCCUUGUUCCCUCAAUAACCACUUCUAUCUCUACAUAAAUAUCACUUGAAUCCAUUUUAAAACCAUAAACAGGCUGACAUACACACCCAAUACAUUCUGACUGUUUAACUCUUUGUGAUAGUAUUUUGAGUGACAACCCUAAAAAGUAGCUUUUGAUGGGGUCCUUUCGAAUUGCUUUGAUUACCUCGCAUUGUUUUAAAUUCUAACUGGUUUAUUUGUUUUGGGAGUUUCUUGUGAUAUCUGUAACAUUAGCGCUAAGGCACGAAAUGGUUCAAAAAAGUUCGAUUUGGAUGUUCAGAGGAAAGUGAGCAAAGAAUGUGGUCAAAUGCCAAGGUGCGAGUGUGUUUUCUGGAUAGAUUUGAAGGUAACAGAAGUGUGAGGCGUUUUAGUCAGAUAUGCAAAUUGGGAAGGUGGUUGCGACAAGUAUGUGCCUCUUUCAUGACCAUUCAGUUACGCCGUUAUGGUAAACUGCAGUAAUCCAGAAGGUAGAAUGCGGACAAAAUGCAUGAUGAAAGUCGAUGACAUGAAAGCGAAGACGUAUUGGAUCAUUGUGGUUUUACUUUAAUUCUCCCAUGAUUAAAUUGAACUACAGCAGGCAAAUAAGCGCUUUUAAAAAAAUGGUGGCCCUAAGUCUUUGUUAGAAUUCCCUUUAGCGCUUAAUUUUGAGUUAUUGUUGUGUUUUUAUUGGUUUAACAGAUGUUUUUGCUCCACUCGAAAUGAAAAAACCCUCAGUGCAGUUUGAAGCAUAGCAUUCUAAUUAGGUUCUGUUGUGUUGUCCACUCGGGGACAGAAAAGCUUUAAAAUGCAUCCAUCUCUGGCAGGUUUAUUUACAAUAAUGAGAGGAAUGGAUAGGGACUAUGUCAUUUUGACAUCAAACAGUGCAAGGUUGAACACAAUACACCCCUAGUUUAAGAAUUUAAACAAAAUACAUGCAAUAUUUGAAAAAUAAGUUUGAAAGUGUUGCUAUCAUAAGAGAUUUUAACCUAUUAACCAUGCUUAACUAACAUUUUAAUAACCGUAAUUGUGAUACAAGCGAAGUUAACCACUGUAAAUAAUGUAAGUACCAAACAUGUUCUUACACAUGACUCUGUGCAACAGAUUGUAUGUUCAAUUUCUUAUCAUAUUAUUCCUCUUUACUAUCAAAAAACAAAGCUUAAAAACAACCGUAUUGUUCAAAGCCCAAGGUUUUUUGUGACUUUAUUGGCAAUGUCCCCCAAACACACAAAAAAAACAUUGCCGUUUUAAAGGGAAUUUAGUAAAACACUGAUUGACUUCAGUUUUAGAAAUCUUAAAAGAUUAUGUGCCGUGGCUAAUCAAACCCGCUAAACACUCCCUAAAUGUUUCGAAAUCCUUGCACGACAUUGCACCUUAAACCUGGAUUUAUUCGAUCAAAGUGGACCUUUUUCUAAAUCAAGAUCCUACAACUUAAUGGAAGUCUUUUCUUAAUGACAUAAGCAAAGAACAAAUCAUAAUACUGAACAAAAUCUUAAGUUUCAUUUAAUUCGAAUUAGUCAAAUUUGUGUGAAUUUUGCAAUGUGCCAGUUUUUGGCGACGCUUUAGCUUGCCUGUACCCCAGAGCUUUGCUUUUUUUUUUUUUUUUGUUUAUUUGGAUGUUUUUGUUGUCGGCUUCAUGCUACUACUAUGAGACUGCACAGAUGUAUAUAGGUAUUUUAUUGCUGAUGCUCUCUCAGAAAAGAAAAGAACACCAAAAGCGGCAGGGUUUAGCAGGCGGUUUCUUUUCUUUUGACGUCAUCGUACCUUGGUAUCGAAAUGGGAAGGACGCUUUAUCGUAACAUUUAACGACUUAUCUGGCGAAAAUUACUGUUUUAAAAUGUUAGCCUUUUUCAUUAGAAAGGGGCCCUUGAAGUGAAAGAAUGUUUUAGACAUAUUGAACAAUUUUUGUAUUUAUCAUUGUUUCUGUACCCUCACAGCAGGUGUGCUCUUAUGGUUUAAAUGGUUGAAAAUAUUCUCAAUUUGAACAUUUUGGUAAAUGUGUGGUAGUAGGGAUGGGCAGGUUCUAUAAUUGUAAACAAUGCUGACUCUAGCAUAGAAUAAUUGAUCUGUUUCGGGAAACUUGAAUCCCAAUAUUGACUUAAUCUGUAAUGUAAUGUUACAAAAUACCCAUCCUUAUUUCACAGCACAUUGGCAUCGACAGGUUUUUGGAAUUGCAUAUCAGAUUAUUGUGUAUGGUUCAAAUUUAUAAUCUGUUGACAGUCCAAAAGACUAACGAUAGCUGCGUAGGUUUGGCUUGUGUAACAAAGACUCCUGUCAUCUUACCCCAGUGAGUGCUUUGGCAUGCACUCAGCAGAUGUACAAGUGUAAACCUAAUAGCUCCCAAGUAACUGUUGUAAACCUGCAGAGCAUGCUGACAAAACAAUAGGAUGUGUUCAAUAGACGUACUUGGUGUCAUUGGCAGAACCUCCUUGUUUUUGUGUCGCUUUUUUUCUGUUUCAGAUUUUUUUUUUGGUUUGCAAAUAAGUGUUAAUUGUGACUACCUGUUAAUUAGUGAUGUGAAAUUAAACAAUUGAAAAUGGUUAAA